AUGCCAUCCGCCGUCGAGUUUCCGCAGGACGCGCAGCCGGCCGGCUCACUCCCACAGCUUGAAAAGGGAGCCCAGAAGGCUGCCGAAGGGCAACACAAGCCCGAUAUAAUCGAUAUCCGCCAGGCUGCUGUCGAGACCAAUGUCAAGGAGGAAAUUUACAGUCUCUUCCGCCCUCAGGACGGACCUAGAAAGCUGCCCACUCUCCUGCUCUACGAUGAGAAGGGUCUGCAGCUCUUUGAAGAGAUCACAUAUCUGGAGGAGUAUUACUUGACCAAUUAUGAGAUUCAAGUCUUGAGGCGUUCUGCCGCCGCAAUAAUCAGGGGUAUCCCGUCCGGGUGCAUGUUCAUCGAGUUGGGCAGUGGCAACCUUAGAAAGGUUCUGUUCCUGCUACAAGCUCUAGAAGAUGCAGGCAAAGAGGUCGAUUACUAUGCUUUGGACUUGUCGAAAGAAGAGCUUGACAGGACUCUGGCACAGCUUCCGACAUUUCAACAUGUUCGAUGUCACGGUCUUCUCGGUACCUAUGAUGACGGCCGAGACUGGCUGAAGACCCCGUCGAUCGCGGCGAGGCCCAAGUGUAUAUUGAGCCUGGGGUCGAGCAUUGGAAACUUCCACCGGGAUGACGCUGCAUCCUUUUUGAAGGGCUUCGCCGACGUCCUUCAAGCCACGGAUCGGAUCCUGAUUGGUAUCGAUUCAUGCACCAACCCUUCCAAAGUAUUUCACGCGUACAAUGACAAAGAAGGCACCACGCACAGGUUCAUCCACAACGGCUUGCGCCAUGCCAACGAGAUCCUCGGGGAGCAGGCCUUCGUGCUAGAUGAUUGGGAGGUCAUUGGCGAGUAUGUGUACGACAGCGAAGGAGGGCGUCACCAGGCAUUUUACUCGCCCAUACGCGACACUGUCGCCUUGGGGGAAACCAUUCACGCCCAUGAGCGUGUCCAGAUUGAGCAGAGCCUGAAGUACUCGAAGGAAGGUUGCGUAAAGCUCUGGGCAUUGGCAGGCAUGAUCGAAGUCGAUCGGUGGAUGACGGAAGAUGAGGACUAUGGUCUUCAUCUGCUCGCCAAAUCCAACAUGUCGUUCAGCCUAAAUCCGCACGAGUACGCUCGGACAAACAUUCCUCCUUUGAGUGACUGGGAGAACCUCUGGGCCACCUGGGAUAUUGUCACCCGUGGGAUGCUACCAAGCGAGGAGUUGUUGGACCAACCCAUCAAGUUGCGGAAUGCCUGCAUAUUCUACCUUGGUCACAUCCCAGCAUUCCUGGAUAUACAGUUGACCAAGACAACGAAGGCUGCUCCGACGCAACCAGCUUCCUUCCAGCCCAUGUUUGAAAGAGGCAUUGACCCCGAUGUCGACAAUCCUGCACAUUGCCACAAACACUCGGAGAUUCCUGAGGAGUGGCCUCCCGUCGACGAUAUCCUGGAUUACCAGGACAGAGUCAGGGCUACACUGAGGGACCAAUAUGUCAACGGAGUCGGGGAGAUCCCGAGAAAUGUUGGGAGAGCUAUUUGGGUGGGAUUCGAGCAUGAAGCCAUGCAUAUGGAGACUCUGCUCUACAUGAUGCUGCAGAGUGAGAAGACGCUCCCACCGCCUCAUACCUCACGCCCAGAUUUCGAGGCAUUGGCCCGUGAGGCGUAUGCGUCACGGGUCGAUAAUCAGUGGUUCGAUAUUCCUGAGCAGGAAAUCAAGCUAGGACUCGAUGACCCUGAGGACGUAUUGGAUUCCAAGGGGCAUUUCGGAUGGGACAACGAGAAGCCACUAAGGAGUGCACAUGUCCACAGCUUCCAAGCCAUGGGAAGGCCCAUUACGAAUGAGGAGUAUGCUCGGUAUGUGUAUAAUACAAAAACAGCAAAGCUUCCUGCAUCGUGGUCGGAGGCAGAAAUCGAUCACAGCAAUGGCGCAAAUGGAAGCAUCGAUGGGGGUUCGAAUGGUCACACGUCCGACGGAAACGCUCUACCUUCGUCAUUCCUCAAGGGCAAGGCGGUAAAGACGGUCUACGGAUUAGUACCGCUUGAGCAUGCCCUUGGCUGGCCUGUCUUCGCCUCUUUCGACGAACUUGCCGGAUGCGCCGCGUGGAUGGGUGGACGCAUCCCCACGCUCGAGGAGGCUCGGAGCAUAUACACAUACGUUGACAUCGCGAAGGGAAAACAAGCCGAGCGCAAACUGGGAAAGACCGUUCCUGCUGUCAAUGCUCACCUGUUGAACGACGGCGUCGAGGAGACACCGCCAUCCAACCCUUCAGAAGCUGUCGAUGGGGACUCGUCGUCCGCAAAAGACGACCUCUUCAUCGACCUCACAGGUGCCAAUGUUGGCUUCCAGCAUUGGCACCCCACCGCCGUGACAGCUCACGGCAACCGCCUGGCGGGCCAGGGCGAGAUGGGAGGUGUCUGGGAGUGGACCAGCUCGCCGCUGCGAAAGCACGAGGGCUUCAAGCCCAUGUCGCUGUACCCGGCCUACACCUCGGACUUCUUUGACGACAAGCACAACGUGGUCCUCGGUGGCUCCUGGGCCACGCACCCCCGAAUUGCCGGCAGAAAGUCAUUUGUCAACUGGUAUCAGCGCAACUACCCGUACGCCUGGACCGGCGCGAGACUUGUUCGAGACAAGUAG